CGUUACAUUGAAAACAAUACUAAAAUCGUCUAGCAUGUGAAUAUUAACAGGAAACAUAAAAUCCCGGCAAAGAAAGGAUAAAAAUUUGCCGUAAUGCAUCUUAGGAGUAUGAUAUCCACAUCCAGGAAAGAAUCGACAUAAUAACUCUGUCGAUUCUUCCUGAAACAAGGAAACUUAUAAAUUCUUCGUUUUAAUGGGAGUCAAUAUAACCCUUCAAAAUGUGUUGCAUCUUCACCUGUUGUGGUUGGAUGAUCGAUCUUAUCCAAAGAUUAUGGACCUUCACAAUGUCGUGCUGUAUAAGCUCGGCUGUGUGCUGCGCACUGGUAACUGCCUCCAUGUCCGGUAUAGCCUUAGGCUACAACUACUCACUGGCUGAAUACAUCGACUUGAAAGAGACAAACGUGUCCGUGUACCUGAAACGUGGUGUGUUCGACGACGAGAUCGCCGACGACAUGGACUGGCGACGAAGCGGGCAGCACAUGCCUGUGCAAGGACAUCUGAAGGAGAGCAAUCUCGCGACCGGGGGGCCUGAGGGCCCCGAAGAAAUGCCGUUACGUUCCGGUCGAAGACUGGACGAUUCUCUCCUGAUUUCUGAUGACCAGCACAAGUUCGAAGGGUCCCUGAUGAGGCUGACGGCCAAGCCUCCAGCUGCGAAGUACCCAAUAUCCAGUGCUUCCCCCGAACCGGUUACUUCUGAUGCGCAGAUGGCUGAGAUAUUGAGCAAAUAUCCCAUGGGCUCACUCGAACAAAUGAAAGCUUUACAAGCCCUUUUCAACAUGAGGAGAUCAGGAUCAGGCAUCCAGAGGCAUACUGUUUUGCCACCCACGCUGGCCAGUGAAGGUUACGAAUUGGAUGGCAGACGUGCAAUGCCAGUGGUGCCUCAAAGUUCAAUGCUUCCUAUAGACAGAUACCCUAUUAUUAACGAAGCAUACAAACAUUUCAACCCCGCCCGAUUUGCCGUGCCAGAUGAGACGAUACGGAAUCCUUCCAACUGGUUUCUACCCAAAAAUGAGAUUCCUGAUACAUACAGAAGAACUAUGGAUCUAUUAGACUACGAGUUAAUGCCAUCCUCCAAGAUCACGAGGCCACAACCUUUUAGGAUGUCUACAGAGAUACAAAGGCCCACUAAACCAAAACCACCGGCACCCACUCGCACUCCUGUAAAACCACAGGAUAUUUUGGGUAAUCAAGACAUCGUUGUCCAAGAAUCUGCUCUUGACCAACUUAAAAAUAAACUUCUGAGGGAGAGGAUAGAUGUACCUAGACUCAACCCAAACCAGCUUAAAGCGCCAUCAAGUGACAGAGAACUAAAAUCGGAGGAUGAUUACGAAGAUGAAGCCAAUAAAGGUCUACCAAUACGAAAGAAAAGAAACAAAAGGAGUAUAAAAGAACAUCACAAAUUCCACAUAUCCAAAAGUAGCAAGAAUUUAAGUGAAAAUGAAGUAAACAGAACAACUGGAAGUAUUCUUAUUGCGAAACUUUUGCCAAAUAACAGAAACUCUCUUGUAAAAUCAACAAUUGGUACCUAAAUUUAAUAUUAAAAGUAUUUUUCUGUAUCAGCUUCAGCUUCUUUGAGAAUGGUUUCAAGUAUCGUUUCUUUCAAUCAAUGAAAUUUUUCUAUGUGCUAUUGUGUAAGUCCAAUUUUGUUUGUCUAGUGUAAAUAUUGUUUUGUCAUGUGUUAUUAAAA